AUGUUUCAGGUUCAUGCACUUCUAAGUCCACAGGCAGCCCACCGCCUUAUCUGGAACCGGUUUGCAAAGAACAAGGCUGGCGCGGGGGGCAACAUUCCCCUGGACCUUAAUCUUGAAUUUAAAAACAAGAUGGUGAAAGAGUCCAUAAAGAAGCUUGGCCCUAGUGCCACCCGCAAGUCAUUAGACAGGAUCUGCCACUCCCUUGGGAUGACUGCCAACUUAAUGGCUUGCUUUGACAGCAGCAUGUCAGUCUUCAAGAGGUCUGGACGACAUGUUAAACAAUCAACCAAAGGUGAUCUUGCCAAGAUUGUUGGGGAACUUGUGACCCAUCAAGCUUUUCGUCAUACCCCAGGCAGGAAAUAUGUUUGUUAUGCAAGGCAAAAGCCAAGCAUAUUAUGUGGGUUUGACAUGCAGAAAAUGUCUACCUGGAUUGAUGAGCAUAAACUGCACAUGAUUUUGCAUAGACGUGCUCAUUAG